AUGUCUGAUAUCAGUCUGCCAUUGCGAGUUCCCUACAAAACGGUGGAUGGCACUGAUAUACCGACCGAUAUUUUCGUUCCUUACCGGCCCCUUCAAGAUGAUAGCGGGCUCACUCCGGUCAUCAUUAUGUUCCACGGAGGAGGCUUCAUGCUCGGGCAAGCAAAGAUGAAUAACAAAGACCAGAUCAAUGAUUGCAUAUCACGGGGCUGGAUUGUCAUGUCUGUUGAAUAUCGUCUAUGCCCGGGGGUUGACGUGCUAGAAGGCCCCAUGGCAGAUGCUCGCGAUGCGCUAAAGUGGGCACAAAUCGGUGAUUUAGCCAGCGUCCUGAAGGAAGCAUAUUCUGAGAGAGUGCUGCCAGAUCCAAAGCGCGUCAUGGCCAUGGGCACGUCAGCUGGUGGCCAUCUCGCACUGAGCCUUGGUUGGGGAACUGCGAACACACCGUUAGCAAUUCUUGAUUUUUACGGUGCAAAGAGCUUCAAUGAUAAGUUUUGGCGCCAACCCAUUGAGCAAAUAAGGACAAAAUUGCCGUCGUCGACACCGGCCAGCGAUCCAAUAUUUCAAUCUCUGUACCAGGAAAAGGCAAUUUUCAUCGGAGGUGCAUCAUUAGAAGGACAAAGUGAAGGUGGAGCAGGCGGACCUCCAUCAGCCCCUGAUUUCUCUGACCCGAGGCAGCUAUUUACUUUGAAUAUGAUAGCACAGGGGCAGGUAGUUGAAAGUAUUUGGCCUUCGGCACCGAAUGAUCUGCAUUUGAUAGACCCGGUGCUUAACGUGCACGCGGACUGGCCACCGACAGCUUUUGUACACGGCACAAAGGACUUUAUGAUUCCUAUCGAAAUGAGUCAAUAUAUGGAGACACAGCUGCGAUCAGCCGGGGUUGAGACUGCCUUUUUCCCUGUUCCGGACGAGCCUCAUACUUUUGUGGGCCAGAUGUUGAAAGGAUCACCUACAUGGCACAAGCAACGUGAGGGGUUUGACUUUCUUGAGCGAAUCUUAAAGAGAAGCUAUCUUUAG